AAAGAUCCGAGUUGGGGAAGAAUAUCAAUCACGGGAAGGCAUAUCCUCUGGGAUUCACAAGAACGUGAUCGAAACUAUGCUGUGUUACUACUUAAAGUGAACGAAGGCAUUGAUCGAAUUUCAAAGUUUCAAUCCGUGCAGUAUAGCUCUGCCAAUUUGCUUCAUCGUGCACCGGCGAAAGAUCGCAAUUCGGCCAUGAACUGUCUUCAAAACCUUUCAAUAUCAUCUUCUUUUCCGUUCCGGAGCUUCAAAUGCCGACAAAGAAAGCCUGAAUUCCAGCUCUGUAACCUGGUGAUAAGGAACUUUACCGAUCUACAUCGACGUUCUACCGUGAAGGCAGCGUCUGGCUCUACAUCAAGUGCUGAAAUGAGUGGCGCAGAAGUGGAUGAUGCCGAGGAAAAGGAGGAAAAAUCCGAAAUAUAUAGCCAUAACAUGACAGAAGCUAUGGGUGCUGUAUUGACAUAUAGACAUGAGCUGGGAAUGAACUACAACUUCAUUCGUCCAGAUUUAAUUGUAGGAUCAUGCCUACAGACUCCAGAGGAUGUUGACAAGCUCCGCAGCAUUGGAGUAAAAACAGUUUUCUGCUUGCAGCAAGAUCCAGAUUUGGAAUAUUUUGGGGUUGACAUUGGUGCUAUAAUAGCAUAUACAAAGACGUUUGAUGAUAUUGAACAUUUGCGAGCUCAGAUAAGGGAUUUUGAUGCAUUCGACCUACGGCUAAGAUUACCAGCCGUUGUAAGCAAAUUACAUAAAGCCAUAAAUCGAAAUGGUGGAGUGACUUACAUACACUGCACUGCUGGACUUGGAAGGGCUCCUGCUGUUGCGAUGGCGUAUAUGUACUGGGUUCAAGGCUACAAACUCAAUGAGGCUCUAGAAUUACUGCUGAGCAAACGCUCAUGCUUCCCAAAGAUAAAUGCUAUUAAAAGUGCAACUGCUGACAUUCUUUCAGGAUUUAAAAAGAAGCCUGUCACUUUAUCAUGGGAAGAUGAUCAAUGCUCAACUGUAGAAGUAUCUGGACUUGAUAUUGGAUGGGGCCAGAGGAUUCCAUUAAAAUUCGACGAGGCACGAGGUGCGUGGAUUCUCAAUAGGGAGCUGGCGGAAGGACGAUAUGAAUACAAGUAUAUUAUUGAUGGUAUAUGGACGUGCAAUGAAAACGAGCCAAUCACUCCACCCAACCUAGAUGGCCACGUUAAUAAUUUCAUUGAAGUUGUUGAAGAUGAGGAUCCAGGUAGUGAUAGAGCAAUUCUUCGGGGAAGGUUAACUGGAGAUGAACCAGAACUCACGGCCGAAGAAAGAACCAAAAUAAGACAAUUUCUUGAAGCUUGCCCAGAUGAAAAUUGAAUGAAGAUAUGUUUGCAUUGCAAGCAUUGUCUAGAUUGUAUAGUAUUUUAAUUUAAUCUAUUCUGAAAAAUAUAACAUAUGGAAAAUUAAUAAGAGUAGUGUCAAUAAAGACCAAGAAAUAAAAUGGAUUUAAUACUGUUGCACGAUCACCACUGUGAUUCGUCACACAACAUCGAGAAUAAUUUGAUAACACUGGAGUUUAUUCGUAACGUUAUUGUUUAUAAGUUUAAA